UUGGACGAUAUCCAUAUCCUCAUCUCAAUUCUCAGCGUGAAACAUCCUUAAUAAAGAUCUCUCUCUCUCUCUCUCUCUCUCUCUCUCUCUCUCUUCAUAAACUUCUCUACAUUAGUAUCUGUGCUUUGAUCAGCGUCUUUGAUUCUUAGUAGAUCUAGAUGGAGGAAACUGAGGAGAGCCCAUCUCAAAUGAACAGACUUCAGGUGGACGGAAUGUAUGGUAUCAGUUUUGCUGAGUUUAACAAGAAAAGAAAACUUCAGAGUGAUCAAUUGGAUCUAGUUAGACCAAAACAUAAAUGCUGGGUUGGGAGCUUCUGUUCCAAACAUGCUUCAACGUCUGAUGAAAAUCAAGUUUUAGAGAGUGUGCACAACCAGAUGGUCAAGAUUCAAACAGAUGCAGCAUUCCUUGAUGAAAGGUCUGAACCUGAAUCCGCAAAAGACAGCAAUAGUUUUAUGGAGGAUUCUGAUACUGCCAUAUCUGUGAAUAAAGAAGCCAAACUCGAUGCGGACACUUACCUAUAUGAAAACUAUGCAGGCCAUGCGUACUCGGAAGAUGGUAAAGAUGGUGCAGAGCUCGCCAUAGAAGAAUUCGAAGAUUUUCUUUUGUCUAAUGGAGUGGAUCCCAACAUGUAUGUCCUUUCAUCUGGAAGGCGGAAUGUCAACCGAGAAGCUCAAUCAAGCACAAGGCCACCAACAAUUGAUCAAGAAUUUGAGGAGUACUUUUCCAUGCUUAUGCUUUAGCAUAGCACUUAGCAGAGGUUAACGAUAAUAAAUAAAGGGUAUAGUCAUUUGAUGUAUAUAUAAUGGUGAAAAUGGCUAUUGUUUGUAUUUCUUAUAUGAAGAUUUACAAGACUAAUUAACAUUAGGCAGCUUUGAAGUCUUCAUAAGAUAAUGUGAGCGUUCUUUUUUAAGACU